GGACGGUAGGACCCAGCGACAAUGUGUCAGGUUUUUUAAAACGUGCCUAUUUGUGCUGAACACAGCUCAUCUUGACGGCUAGAGUCUUUGUUUCCACAAACGUUUGAGAAAUACAUGACAAUAACCGAGAAGUAGCGCUUCUUUCGAAACAUCCCGAUGAAGCGAUAUUGCCACCUAACGUUCGUUUGAUGAACUGUCCACUGCGCCUGCGCGGCUUACCGGACAAGAUGGCGACCAGCAAUGGUGGAGGAAUGGAAGUGGAUGGGGCAGCCACCCCCAGUGUCAUGGCCUCAGGGGUCACCGGCAGCGUGUCCGUGGCCUUACACCCUCUGGUUAUCCUCAACAUAUCUGAUCACUGGAUACGCAUCCGCUCGCAGGAGGGGCGACCCAUGCAGGUGAUUGGAGCUCUCAUCGGGAAACAGGAGGGCAGGAACAUCGAAGUGAUGAACUCCUUUGAACUGCUGUCUCACACCAUAGAUGACAAAGUGCACAUUGACAAGGAGUACUACUACACCAAGGAAGAGCAAUUCAAACAGGUCUUCAAAGAAAUGGAGUUCUUGGGAUGGUACACCACAGGCGGUCCCCCAGACCAGUCAGAUAUCCACAUUCACAAGCAGGUGUGUGAGAUCAUUGAGAGCCCCCUCUUUCUCAAGCUCAACCCAAUGACCAAACACACUGAUUGUCCUUUACCCCCUCAGCUUCCUGUUAGCGUUUUUGAAUCUGUGAUCGACAUCAUCAAUGGCGAGGCUACUAUGUUGUUUGCUGAGCUGACGUACACUCUGGCCACAGAGGAAGCAGAGAGAAUUGGUGUUGACCACGUAGCUCGAAUGACGGCAACCGGCACUGGAGAAAACUCCACGGUUGCUGAACACCUUAUAGCCCAACACAGUGCAAUAAAGAUGCUCCACAGCCGAGUGAAGAUCAUCCUGGAGUACGUCAAAGCCGUGGAGUCAGGAGAGGUGCCAUUCAAUCACGAGAUCCUUCGAGAAGCAAACGCCCUGUGCCACAGACUGCCAGUCCUCAGCACCAUAAAAUUCAAAACUGACUUCUAUGAUCAAUGUAAUGACGUCGGCCUCAUGGCCUACUUAGGCACCAUCACCAAGACAUGCAACAGUAUGAACCAGUUCAUCAACAAGUUCAACGUCCUGUACGACAGACAGGGCAUCGGCCGGAGGAUGAGAGGACUCUUCUUUUGAGCUGAAACAAACAAGCACUGCAUUUUCUUUUCUCCUCUGCCCUGUCUUCGUCUUCUUCUUCUUCUUCUUUUUUUUUGGGGAUUCGUUUGUAUUUUUCAUUAGCUAAAUGAAAUUCUUAAGCCAACAGUAGCUUUUCGAAACAUUUUCACAGUUUUCAGCCGCAAGUGUGUCUAAAAGCACUAAAAUACACCAAUCAGCAAGAGAUGUGUACAGAGUCACUCAGCUCUUUUCUUGGUUAUGCACCGCAAUGGACGUUAUAUUAUUUUACCCAGUUUGUUUUAUUGUUUCAUGUUUCUGUAUGUAUUAAAUGAUCUGCUGAUUUUUUUCAUCGGA